CUAAACUGCCGAGGUUAGCUCGGUCGCUAAAAGCGACACGUAAUUUUACGUAUUUAUAAACACUUGUCUACUUCCUAUUUAGACAAGACACCGGGAGCGGAGCGAAGAUCAUCACAGUUGAAGGGCUAGGGAUGGAGGGGGAUGAGUGCGGUUUUCCUCCAGAAUCUUCGGAUAAUCACUCACAGAGAGGAAGUGUAGCUUCAUCUGCAACUCUUACCCGUGCUCAAGAUGUGCUUAUCUACUUGGUGGGUGACAGUGCAGUACACCUAUUUGUUGAAGGGGUUGGUGGCGUCAGUGUGCAAGAGUUGGGCCGUAGUGUCCGAGAAGCUCUACAUAUUCCCGACGCUGCACAGGAUGCUUUUGCUCUCUGGCUCUGCUCCCCUCUGCUUGAAUUGCAGUUAAAGCCAAGGCACCAGCCAUACAAACUGUGUCGGCAGUGGCAAGACCUGCUGUAUCGCUUCACUGAGGCCUCAGAGGACGACAUAUCACAAGAUGAACCUUGUCUCCAGUACAGACGGAAUGUGUUUUAUCCCAAGUCUAAAGAGCUACAGAUAGAAGAUGAAGGAGUGUUGAGACUCCUGUAUGAGGAGGCCAAGAGCAACAUUCUUACUGGUCGCUACCCCACUGACCCGGAGCACUGGACAGCUCUUGGAGCACUGGCUCUGACCCUUGAUGAGGGCAUCGGUCUAGACAACCAAAAACUGACUGCCACUAUAAAAGAGAAAAAGCUGUCAUCGUUUCUGCCUGCACAUGUUGCAGCGGGGAGUGGUGGGCUGCUCUCUACACUGAGAGGCAAAGGAAGCCGUCAGGCAGGAUUGGAACAGAACCUGUUGGAUGAGUACAGAAAGAUCAACACAGCCUCUGGCAGCCCACCUGAACCCUCACAACUCAUACAUCAGUACCUCAACACAUGCCACAGUCUGCCUUACUACGGAUGCGCUUUCUUCCUUGGAGAGAUUGACAAGCCAGUACAAGGAAUCCUCCAAAGGGGAGGACGCAAGGCUGUCAAUGUGGGGAUCAGCCUGGAAGGGGUUUAUGUGAUGGAUAUCAAAGAGAAGCAUGUGCUCCUUGGACUGCGUUUCAGUGAGCUCUCAUGGGACCACAGCUACCCCGAAGAGGAGGGGGACUCGCAUAUCCUUUGGCUGGAAUUUGAUGGCGAGGAAGAUGGAACUCCAGUCAACAAGUUACUGAAGAUCUACUCAAAACAAGCGGAGCUUAUGAGUGGCUUCAUUGAGUUUUGUGUGGAGCUGAGGUCUGCCUCUGAAGGGGGAGCAGCAGCCGACACUGAUGGAGAUGCCAGUCCGUCUCAGCAGCCUGCUGGACAGGAUGCCAGCACUGAGAAAAGACAGGGGGGACAGCGUGGCAAACUGCGCCGGCAAAGCAGUGUUGUGUGCAGUCGGGUCCAUUCCCUAAACACCAUUAGCUACGUAGACAACGGCAAAGAAAUCAAACGCUUGAAACCAAAAAGGGCCGCAUCCUUCUUUACCCGGCAGUCACCUGCAGCCACGUACUCUGCUGUGCAGGUGGGGGAAAGUCUGGAGCAGGGCUAACGUCGUGGAUCAGUCCUGCUCCGCGCCUCUCUAAGACCAAAACUGAAUAUUUAUAUCGAGAAGUAAAGAAAAUGCUUUAUUCUAAAGCGGAGAUUUUAACUCAUAAAAUAUGAAAAUGCAAUGGACCAAGAGAGGAAUCUGAGUCUGAAUGGAAAAUAUUCAUCCGUUGAAGUUGAUUAUAUUAAAACAGUAAUGUGAAAAACAAAUGAUCUAUGGAGCGAUAAUGCGUGGAAAUCGAGGUGACGUGACUACUCACUGGUCCCAGAUGAAGCAGACAAACAUGAGGGAAAGUCAGUAUUUGUCAAAACUGUUGUUUUGGCCAUUACAUAAAAAAAAUUAAAAAAAAGGCCUUUAUAAAUGUUCUUUUCCAGUCAGGUUUACUCUGAAAUAUUGGAAAAAUAUGGGACAAGCCUUGAGACUUGGGGAAAUCCUUGGAUCUCAGCGCCCGCUGCAUAUAAUGUAAUGAUGUGUACACUUCAUCAGUCCCACGGAGCGAUGUCGAGCGCUGUUUAUGAAAGGUCAUCAACUACGUCAGCUCUUUUUAAUGAACAUCAGAUAAACUUCUACUAGUUGAACAUUAAGUAACUUAAUUAAAAAAACAGCCAUUAUCAAAAACUGUAAGAUGUUUUAUUACUAAAACCACAGUUAACUGCAUGAUGAAUAUUCUGACUAGGCAGAAAGCAAAACUUUAUAUCACACUUAAAGCCAUUUUUAAGUUAUCAGACCGGGUGGUACUGUGGUAGACCCACAUUAAGGAGCAGACUCGGUAAUAGAGCGAAGAUACUUUGUUUUUCAAUUACACAUUUCUAGUCAUGGAAAAUUAAAAUCUUGGCAAACCAGAUGUCUUACGAGUCACCCAUGUAACAUAAAGAACUUAAAAAAAAACUUAAGACGCACACGGUGAUAAUUGUGGAAAACUCAAUGUGUUGUCCAUCUUUAUUGAAGGGCCGAAAAUUAAUGAGAAUAAAUUGGGAAUUGCACCUACAUAACUUAUUCAACACUAUUUCGUAACACUUCUUUGGCCUUUGAAUCGUCACUUUCAAAAUAUCUGUUCAAACGUCACUUUCUCCUUUUCCCAAAAGACAAUGAUAUUUAUAUUAGCAGCUCUUAGUUCAGCUUUUAACUACUUGUGCCAACAUCCGUGGACAGAGUUUCACUUUUAACUGAGACGUCUUUAUGUCAGGCAGCAUCUUUAAUGUUUGCUUGCUUAGCUCCGGCGGGAGGUUCAUACCUAAAAAUGACACAGUUGUGACCCAACUGAGGCUGAAAUGACGAUAUAGUUUAUUCAAGUAGCCCUUUUGACCAACCUUUCCUUUAUAUGACACUACUUCAGCCUACUGCGGAGAGCCAAACUACUGACUUGUUUAUGCUGCAGCCUUUAUCCUCACGUGUGGUUUGGUGGAGUGGAGAAUGUAUUUGUCCUGCAAGUUAAAGACCAGUUUCCCAUUGAUAGAAGUGGAGGAGCGCCGUCUUUAACCAGAUACAGACAUGCAUGUUGCAGAAGAAUUAACAAAGGACCUGUUAUUGUAUACUGUCUGUAUACCAAAACAAGCCCAUGAUGGCAUGCUGUAAUAUACAGCCUUUCCACUCAUAGAGAUGUACAUAUCGAGACAGAUGGGCAGAUUGGUAUGUUUUUCCCGUUGGUGUUACUGGAAACCCUUAAAAUCUUGGUAAUUCUCCAAAAUGUGUAAAAUAUGAAGACAUGCAUAAAAAAUUAGCAGGAAAUAAGCGAUAGAUACCAGAGUGUGGAGGAUUUUGUUGUUUUUUUUUUUUUUUUGGUAUAUGGGUCUCUCAAGUUACAGGUCAUCAGCAAAUUCUCAAGUGUGCCAAUACCAGAGCGGAGUUAGGUCUGAUAUCCAUCAAUGUGCCCCCUCUUUUCUGUACAUUUUACAAGGGAGCGCCCACCAAUUCUGAUAUUCACAAAAUUAAAUAUGAGUUUAUCAUAUUUCUAAUUGCGCUAAAAUGACAUGUGCUUAUUUGAGAUGUGCUAAUGCAAAAAAGAAAUUGUUAACGUGCAUUAAUCUGAAUUCCAUAUUUGUGUAAAGUGCAGGAUUUUUCUCUUCUUUUUUUUUUACUUUUCUGAUCCUUCACCUAUGUCGGUUAUAUAUAUAACCAACUGAUGCAAAGGCAACAGUCUAGGUUUAUUGUUGCUGGUUCACACUAUGCAUGUCACAUUGUAGAAUAGCCAUUCCAACACGUCAUGUGAUAUCAUACUGCGUUGUUAAUACUAAUAUACUGUGUAUAUAUUUCCUGUAUAUCUGCUAACUCUUUGUAUUGUUUGCCAGCUUUGAUAAAGAGAAUCUUUUUACAUUCAUUUUCAUAUUCGUCAGUGUUCUUACAUGAAAAUGAAGGAAUCGGCCACUUUAAGCAUCAUUUUCUAGAGCAAUCACUUUAGAGAAACAAAGUGCCUUUUUAUUUCAGCUAAGUAGGCUUUGGUGAUGCUGUUUUGCAACUCGUACACCAGGGAUGGGCAACUUGGUGGUGCAAGCAGAUGUAAUAAUUACACAGGUGUGCUGGGGUCUGUCCCAGCACUUUUGAUUUGAUCUUUCUUAGCUGGUGAAGAUUCGUUGGUCUGGCAUGGUCUUCCUCUCAUACACCGACUCCAGUUAGGUUAUUAGUGAGCAAUGUGAUCGAGCUCUCAUCUAUGCAGCGGCCAUUAAACUGUGAAUUUGUUGAGAUGCAACUUGUUAGUCGGUGAGUUCGUUGGGUUGGUAGAAAGAUGCAAAGCCUUCUUGUGUCUCAGAACUUGAAAAGUAUUCUCGAGUGUUCGGGUCUUGGCCGUUUUUUUUCUCUCUCUUCCAUUCAGCAACAUAUUUUGGCAUUAAUAUAAGCAUUAUAAAAUUGAAAUACAUAGUAACUUUAAUUAUUUAUUUCCCUUAUUCAAAUCCCAACAUUAAAGAAAUGGUUGAAUGUGUCGUGCUGCUGUGUUUCUACUGGUACCAAGGGCUUUUCCUAAGGAGGCUAGCCAACUUCUACUGGGAGCAACGGUCUGUUGCAUUGACUUCUCAUUACAAAAAAACAAACUUCGAUCAGCAUGUAAAGCUGAAUUAGUCUUUUCACCUCUUCAAUGCAAUUCCCUAAGUUAAUUAUGGACGCCAACUUAUUUUGUGUUUGUCAGGGCUCAAGUAGUUAAUUGGAAAGAGAUGCUUCCUCCUCAGAGACAUGUGCACCACUCGACUCCUGGGUACCAAACAGACAUGGCAAUGUGUAGCAUUGUGCUGCCAGCCAGUGAUAUGUAACUAUAAAGUAAAUUAAAAUGAAUGUGAAUUAAGUAAACACGGAUAACUAAUUAUUGAAAACAUUUUUUCUGUUGCCCUUAAACAUUUUUAAAAAGUAACUUAUUCACUCUAAAGAUUGACUCAAAGUUUUUGGUAGUCUGUGGUUACGUAGGCUGGCUAAUUAAAGUUAAUUGUUUGAGUGAUCAUAGUCCAGGUGCUGAAGUGUUUAUUAAUGUCCUGAUCCCUUGUCGAUUCACAUGCAUAAUAUUUGUUUAAGCAGCAUUGUCUUUUUCAAAUUCUGGCAAGGCAGGAGUACUCAGCACAGAGGUAAUUGUUUGAUAAGGGUCUACACAACAUGCUUGUCAGCCAUGUUAGAUGAGAUGUAGAGAAUUGCUCACACACUGAUAACAAACAGAAGGUAUGUCCAUACUGAGGUUUAAAGAUGCCGUUUCUCACCCCACACCUUUAUGGUUGGCACUUGUGUUUGUGCAGCACUAUAGACCAUGAAAUACUUGAGAAUAUUUGUGCAUCCUUAAACCUCGGUGUGGACAUGCCUUUUGGUUGUUGUCAGUGUGCGAGUAUUUGUCUAUGUCUCAUCUUACAUGCACUCAGCUCACGCUGUUUGACUAGAGUGCAAAGUAUUAUCCUAUUUUUCAACCAUGUCACACAUACUUCAUGCGCACACACAAGAUUCUUGAGACCAAGUAGACAUGUUUAAACUGGACAAUAGAAAUCUUUUCCUAAAAGUAAAAGCAAGGAGCAUUUGUUUACAUGGAUUCAGACUGCUUUCACACUCAGAUUGUUAUUGGCUAUCUUGGAGCCACAUAAGGUAUCAUGGCUAUAUGAGACGACUAAACGUAUAGUGAGAAAAGGAAGCACUUCAAUAAUGUGUAUUGUGAAAUGGGAGUUUUUGUCUCCAUAUCAAUUGGUUUUGGCCUAAUUGUGAGCCCCUUGUUGCCCAUCACUGUUGUAGAAUGCAUUUGAAACCAUUGUUUUGAUUGGGAUUGCAUCCAUCAUGUAUAUUUCUUUCCUGUGAUUAUCGUUUUGUAUAUAGUACUAUUAACCUCAUUUCUAGCAAUGUUGACUUUAACAAACAUGCAAGAGGCAGUUUUUAUUCAGCUUCACUACAAGGUGCCGAUUUUCAAAUAUACAUCUAAGGCAGAAUAUAAGUUAGAUUCCAUUGAUUGUAUUCGCAAAGCAAUAUAUAGAUUAUUGCAGCCUAUACAGAUUUUUGUUAUAUGUACAAAUAAAAAUUCUUUUUGAGGAUAA